CUUUAGUAAUUAAAGGGAUGUUCAUAUUAUAUAUCUCAUAUUUAGUUUUAGUAAUGUAAAUACUUAGUGCUGUAAAUUUUCCUUUCAGUACUGUUUUAGCUGCAUCUCACAUAUUUUGAUGUUUUAUUUUCAGUUCAGUUUAUUUUAUAACUAAUCUUGAGGCUGGUCUGCAAUCCUGUAGCAGUAUAUUUAACUUUCAAAUAACUGUAUAUUUUCAUAGGUUUUAUCAUUGUUGUUACUAAUUUCUAGUUUGACUCCGUUAUGUUCAGAAAAUGUGUGUAAUUUCAGUUCUGAUUCAUUUGAAAUUUGUUUUGUGGAGCAGGAUAUGUUCAAUCUGGGCAUAUAUUCUGUGAGUACUAAAAAAGAAUACAUAUCAUGUUGUUAGGUGAAGAUUGAACGUAUUGUGGAAUCCUUCUAUAUUUUGACUACUUUUUUGUCUAGUUCACUUAAUUUUGAAGAGUAGAGCAUUGAGGUCAUAAGCAAUAAUAGUGAAUUUGUAUCUUUUGCUUUUAAGCUGUAUCAGGUUUUGCUUCACAUCUUUAAAGCUCUGGUUUUUUGGUGCAUUCAGGUCUUUUUUUGGCUUACUAUUAUUUGUAUCCAUUAAGAUUUUUCUUGCUGAUAUCUACUUUCUCUUCUAUUAAAAUUGCAUUUAUGCUUUCAUUUAAUUAAUGUUCCCAUAGAAUACCUCAUCUAUCCUUACUUUCAACCCACUUACAUUUGUAGUGAGUUACUUAUACAAAGCCUAAAGUUGGGUCAGUUUUCAAAAUCUACUCUCAUAAUCUCUGUCUUUUAACUGAUAUAUGUAGGUCACUUAUAUUUAGUGCAAUGUUAUGCAUGUUUAAACUUACCAUUUGUCUUUUGUUUUCUGUUUAUUUUUGUUUCUGUUUCCUCUGCCUUACUGUGGGUUACUUGCACCUUUUUUUAAAAUUCUGUUCUGAGUUAAUUUUACAGUAACUAUGAGUAUAUUCUCUGCAUACAUUUUUUUAAUAGUUAUUCAGCUCUUUCUGACACCAUCCUAGUAGAGAAACAGGAAAAGGAUGAUUGAAGCCUGUCAUUAAAGCCUGUUAUGGUUAAAUUCUACAUGCUUUAUUGCUCCUUUACAGAUGUGGUCAAUAUAAGCCAAAAAAUGGCUAGGGUUAUUAUCUAAAACUUUUCUAUCUUCCUAGUUUAUUCCUUUUCUGGCUCCAUGACUAAAGAGAGUAAGUUUUACUUGAGGCUUUUUAUAUCGGUGCCCAUUGGUGUUUUGGGGUUUCCAGCCUCUUCAGUAUCUGGAAUAUAUUCAACCAAAAGAAUGCUCAGGGAGCUCACCACCAUGUUGUAUCUCAGGUCCCCAUUUCACUAGCCAUUCAGUAUUCUUUUUGCCACUUAUUUUGUCUUCAUAUGAUUGUGAUGUGUGUGUAUCUGUGUGUGUUUUUGUAGGGUUUUUUUUUUUUUUUUAGUAGAAAAAUAGAGAAAGCAGGAACUUGAUCACUCUGAGAACUGAAUGAAAUAACUAUAACAAAGACAUGAUAAGUUCUGGUACCUUCACACUUGUUACACUGUUAAACAACUAAAAAAGUUCAGAAUUUAUUUGCCUAUCAAUGUUUACUUGUCUUUGGAAUGAAAGUUUUACAUAUUGUAUUAUUCUCCAGUUAAUUGGUUUAAAGGUCCCAAAAUAUGCUUUGUGAUACAGAAAUAGAUGCUGAGUUUAGAUUGUUCACUGUCAAAAUUUCUUUUCAUAGCUGCCCUUUGUUCUCAAUAUGUUACUAUGCUCAAGUUUUUCCCAUUUAAAAUAAAAUAUAACAAAAUUUCCUAAGCUCUACAUGUUCGCCUAGCCCCUACCUUACUGAGCUUCUAAAAAGAAUAACUUACACAAAUUAGGCCCAUUAUUUUCUCUUAAACCCACUGUAAUACUUUCUCGCCACCUCUCUCCUAAAUCAUGACGGAGUCUUUCCAGUUGUUAAGUACCCUUUCAAUGAAAUGUGAAUGAAGAGACCAUAUUGAACAUCUAACUCAGCCCUUAAUAUGGCUGCAAUAACAUUCUGCGUGUGUGUCUGUAUGAAAGCCCCAAGCAAAAUGUAUGAGUUAAACCCACAGAACUGUGAAAGAUAAUAAAUUGUUUUACACCACUAAGUUUUGAGACGAUUUCAAAGCAAUGGAUGAGCAGAAGAGAAAUGUACUGGAGAACCAGUUUUCUGAUUUUUCUGGCUCCUCCAGUUCCUUAGUCUUUUUCUCCUUUGUUUUCCACUUCCUUACUUUGGGUGAUGAAACUUUUAUGCUAUAAAUUUGCAAUUCAGGAAGUUUAUGCUUAUCUGGCCUUUAGUUACCUUGGAUUCUUAAUCUCAUGUUUAAAAUGGUCUUUAAAAAUAAAGUUUUAUGCUGUUUUCCUUCCUACUUUCAGAUAGGCCAACAGGUACCAAUGUUUGCAUUUAUUUCCUCAGUGAAGAUCAUAACUAGUUAACGUAGGCACUGAUCUUUAUUAAUCAAUUGUCUUGUGAAAGUCUAAGUUUGAAGUCAUGUCGUCUGUGUUGCAGCGUGAAUAGUUUAAUUUGCUACUGGAAGAAACUGAAUGACAAGGAAAGAAGAUGUACUGGGUAUAUACAGUAAGACUCUAGGAAUAAUGUUUAUUUUAAUGUUUAUUGAAACAAUGAGACUGACGAGUCAUGCAGCAAGAAGCUAGAUAAGCUUUGUAUUUAUACAAUUUGUAAAUUUUGCUAUUUAACACAACUGUAUCGCUGAGAAUGUUAGGUACUGAUAAUGUACUGUUUAAUUCCAGUGAGCUCAACAUUUCUGAAAAUUCAAAGGAAAUAUAUUACUAAAUGCCACAAAAAUAAACAAGUAUGAUACUACCUACCAUAGUACGACUCUCGUCAGUGAGCGGUUUUGUUUCUAAGAACAGAUGGAAUUUGCUAUGGAUAAUUCAUAUGAUUUCAACCAGCGAAACUCUUGUAAUGGAAUUCCCUCUGAGAAGAGAAGCAACUUCCUUGUGUCAGAAGACCAUGGACAGAAAAUCUUAAGUGUACUGCAGAAUUUUCGAGAACAGGACGUCUUUUAUGAUUUCAAAAUAAUCAUAAAAGAUGAAAUCAUCCCAUGUCAUCGUUGUGUGUUGGCGGCAUGCAGUGACUUUUUCAGGGCUAUGUUUGAAGUAAACAUGAAAGAAAGAGAUGACGGCAGUGUCACCAUCACUAAUUUGUCCUCCAAAGCCGUAAAAGCUUUUCUUGAUUAUGCCUAUACUGGGAAAACGAAAAUAACAGAUGAUAAUGUGGAAAUGUUCUUCCAGUUGUCAUCAUUUCUUCAAGUUUCCUUCCUAUCCAAAGCUUGCAGUGACUUCUUAAUAAAAAGCAUUAACCUUGUCAAUUGUUUACAUUUGUUAUCUCUUUCAGAUAGCUAUGGCUGUAUGCCUUUGUUUGAGCAUGCGCUAUACUUUGUACAGCAUCACUUUUCUCUGUUAUUCAAAUCUAGUGAUUUCUUAGAGAUCAGUUUUGGAGUGUUACAAAAAUGCCUGGAAUCAGACGAAUUAAAUGUUCCUGAAGAAGAAACGGUACUGAAGGUCGUCCUUAGUUGGACUAAACAUAACUUAGAAUCAAGGCAAAAGUAUUUAGAACAUUUGCUUUCAAAAGUGAGAUUACAUCAGUUGUCUGAAGAUACACUUCAAGACUGUCUGCUGAAUGAAGAGUGUUUGCUCAAAAGCACAGAUUGUUUUGACAUAAUCGUGGAUGCAAUUAAGUGUGUGCAAGGUUCUAGUGGACUUUUCCCAGAUGCUCGACCGUCCACAACUGAAAAAUACAUAUUCAUCCAUAAAACCGAGGAAAACGGAGAGAAUCAGUAUACGUUUUGCUAUAAUAUUAAAACUGACUCAUGGAAAAUACUACCACAGUUACACCUGAUCGAUUUGCCAGGGUCUAGCCUGUCGACUUACGGAGAAAAGAUCUUCCUGACAGGUGGUUGCAAAGGGAAGUGCUGUAGAAAGGUUCGACUUCAUAUUGCUGAGAUGUAUCACGAUGCCACUGACCAAACCUGGUGCUACUGCCCAGUCAAAAAUGAUUUCUUCUUGGUAUCAACUAUGAAAACACCAAGAACAAUGCAUACGUCAGUUAUGGCUCUCAAUAAAUUAUUUGUCAUCGGUGGAAAGACCAGAGGAUCUCAGGACAUUAAAAGUCUCUUAGACGUUGAAUCUUACAACCCUCUUUCCAAAGAAUGGGUGUCUGUUAGCCCUCUACCUAGGGGCAUAUAUUAUCCCGAAGCAAGUGCAUGCCAAAGUGUCAUUUACGUUCUUGGCUCAGAAGUAGAGAUUACAGAUGCCUUUAACCCGUCACUUGAUUGCUUCUUUAAAUAUAACGCUAUAACUGAUCAGUGGUCUGAACUAGUGGCAGAGUUUGGGCAAUUUUUUCAUGCUACACUAAUUAAAGCUGUCCCGGUAAACUGUACACUGUAUAUAUGUGACCUUUCUACCUAUAAGGUAUAUAGUUUUUGUCCAGAUACUUGUGUUUGGAAGGGUGAAGGAUCUUUUGAAUGUGCAGGCUUUAAUGCAGGUGCAAUUGGAAUCGAAGAUAAGAUUUAUAUCUUAGGGGGUGACUACGCGCCUGACGAAAUCACGGAUGAGGUGCAGGUGUACCACAGCAGCAGGUCCGAGUGGGAAGAAGUUUCCCCAAUGCCCAGAGCCUUAACUGAAUUUUACUGCCAGGUCAUUCAGUUCAAUAAAUACAGGGACCCAUGGUUUUCUAAUCAUUUCUAGAAAUAGUAUGUGCUCGGAGAGUCUAAAACUAUUCGUGUUCCUGCAACCUACAAUAAAUGUGUUUACCAUAAUGAUUGAUACAGAGGUCUUUAUAUCUUAAUAAAGUGGAAUGUUCCUGCUAUUACAGAACUACUAUGUAUGUAUGCUACCUAUGAAUAAUAGCUCCCAGAAACUUAAACUAUAAAAUACAUUUUACCUAAAAUUGAACAUAAUUAAUCUUGGAAAAUCCAGAAUACUUAGUAUUUUGGCUAUGUUAAGUCCUUUAUGAAAAGCUAAAAAAAAAAAGUUCACAGACUUGGACUGUAUAUACAGGGAAAUCUCUGAGGCACUAAAAAUGAAUUACAGACUAUAUUAUGUGACAUGAAAGAUGCUAUUAAUCUUAUCUUGAUACUAAAGUUAUAAGAAUUACUGAAUUCCCAACGUUUCUGAUUAUUGGUCAGCUUCUUUUAAAUGCUGUUACAAUUAUCUUACCUCUUACCGUUAGUUUGGUCAGAAAAUUUUCAAAAGUGAAGUAUAUUUCCCCACUUUUCUAAACAAAGUUUAGUUUUUUUAUUGCUUCAGCUCUUCACUAAGUAUAUUGUACAGUGUUACGCCACUGGUAGUGAAAUCCUUAAAAAUUGCUUAUUCUGUUAGUUUUCAGUGUUCAGUAGUACCAUAUCUCCUUACUUUUUGGUUCCGUUUUAGUAAAUUUAACAUUCUCCAUUGCACUUUGUAGCUUUAAAUGACACUUCUCUGAGUUUAUCUUAACGUAUCGUAACAUAUAACCCAUUGAAUGAUAUUCUUGGAUUUGGAGAUGGAGUCUUAAAAUACUUCUUCUGUAACAGUGCCAGGUUCCAAUGAAACUGAGGAUAGAGACAUUUUGGGCUCCACGUACGUGGUCAUCAUUCCAUCUCUUAAACUUUACCGACUCUGAGCUCCAGUAAGAAAAUUCCAGAUUUAAUUUGUACCUUGUCACUUUUCUUUGACAAUGUAUACCAACUAUAAAGCACCAAGUGGCUUUACUAGUCCAAUAAAUUAUUCAUAGUGAAUUAUUUCCUAAAUUUAAAGCAUGAUUAGUCUUUUGGUAUCCGUAGUAGGGUUCACAGCCUGCAUCUGCUGAGAUGUUUAGUCUUCGCCUCCCAUGAUGAAGUGUCAGUCAUCCUUGUUUUCACCCAGAUCUGCCUCACAAAGGAGUGUAGUUCUUUAAACCGUUUAAAAGAUGCAGGCAUUUUAGGUUAAUUUAGAUCUCAGGUAAUGUGUAGAUUGUAUUUCCCUGGAACCAAAUGUAGUUUACUGUACUGUGUAGUAGAUACUACUCUACAGUAAUGUUAAAUGAAAAUAUACCUAAGUGAAGGUCCUUUUAUUUUACCGUGUAAAUUUUUGCAAACAUGUUUAAAUAUAUUUUUCAAAAUUGAAAAGCUAUUUUUUUUUGCGGUUCCAAAAUCAGGGACUAUCUCUAAUUAGAUGACAGCUAUAUAUAAUGCGUACUCUAUAGAAUUGGAGGCCUUCCCGUAUAAGCACAUGUUCAGUAGACUGCCUUUCCUCUGUGUGUUUAAGAAAAACAAUCCAGUGGAGGUUUCUCUGUGUGUAUGUGUGUGCCUUUCAGAACAAACAGACUUCUAACAGUGAGUGACCUUUAUGUGGAUUGACCAAACUGUUAAUGUAAACAUCUACGAACAGGGUGUGUUUAAAAUAAAUAUUACAAUCUCUGACUA